AUGCAGGAACAUCCUUCUUAUCGCAAGGAAAUUCCAGAAACAGAAAAAAGAUUAUCUAACGGAAAAAUCGCUGCGAAAAUGGGGGUGGAGCGAGUAAGCAGAGAGCAGGCACUAUCGAUUUUACUCUUACACACUCUGCACACGAUGCUGCUGUGCUGUUGUUGGCCGGUGCACAAAUGUGUCACGGUUCUGUCCUGUUUCGACACUUUGGUAGUCACAAUUUUUGCCUAUAAAUCUUUUAAUGUUCUCGUUGACACCAUUUACGAACCGCACUGGUCCACGGUCCUCUCCUUUCUCUUCUUCCUAUUUUUCGCCGUAUGUCAACUUAUCGCAACUAUAUUCAUUAUUCUAGCACAUAAGAGGAACAUUGCACGUUAUUGCUAUCCACGAUUGAUUCUUAUUAUUGGUCUCAUUGUUUGCUCUGCUAUCGCCUGUAUAGUGAUGUUGUUUUACUUUGGCGGAGCACAGACCUCGAUGAACAACUUUUUCUUCCGAGUAUACGAGUACUUCUUUGAGAAGGUGGAUGACGUGGAGAGGGCGGAGCUUAAAUCCGAACUCAAACUCUACGCUGCUGCUUUUCUUGCGUUGGCGCUUACAUUUUGCACCUACAGCAUAUUCGAGCUUUUCCUGACGCGAAAAUUCUACCAAACUCUAGAUAGGUUCACUCCGGUUCCACAGAAUGAUCCGUCUGUACCUCAGCCGGCUUUUAAUCCAGAGUUUGCACAAACUCCGGGUAAAGUCUAUCCAGACUUGCAUUAA